AUGUCAAACGAGCAACUCGUCACAGUUAGCUACCAAGAUCGCGUAGCGAUCGUGACCCUCAACCGCCCAGACAAGCUAAAUGCUCUCAACCAAGACCUAUACUACCUUCUCGCCGAGCGCCUACGUGAAAUCGACCAGCGUAAAGAAAUCUUCAUUACCGUCCUAACAGGCACAGGCCGAUUCUUCUCUGCUGGUGCCGACGUAACUAGCACCCGACCUGGCAGCGGCGAUCUGAGCACCAACGUCCGCCGCGAACUAGUCAAAGGCUUCGUCGCGAACAAUGUCGACGUGACCCGCACAUUCUACAAUCACUCCAAGAUCCUCGUGGUCGCCCUGAACGGUCCCGCCGUUGGCCUCUCCGCCGCCCUAGUCGCGCACGCAGACUUCAUCUACGCCGCCCCGCACACAUUCAUCCUGACACCAUUUUCCUCGCUGGGCCUCGUAGCCGAAGGCGGCGCGAGUCGCGCAUUCGUCGAACGGCUUGGUAUCGCCAAGGCGAACGAGGCGCUCAUCAUGAGCAAGCGGAUUACCUGUGACGAGCUCGUUGCAGCUGGCUUCGUGAAUAAGGUUAUUGCUGCGCCUUCUGGCAACAAGGAGGACUCGGAUGGAUUCCUGAAGAAGGUGCUGGAGGAGGUGGAGGAUCGUCUUGGCACACAUUUGAACCAGUCUAGUCUGCUGGGGAUUAAGGAGCUGGUGCGCCGGCCUGAGCGGGAGCUUUUGGAUCGCCAGAAUGGGUAUGAGGCUUUUGCGGGGCUGGAGCGCUUCAUGGCCGGGUAUCCACAGGAGGAGUUUAGGAAGUUGGCCUCUGGUGAGAAGAAGCAUAAACUUUAG